CAUAUCUGGGGGAAAUUGUUGAAACUGAUGAUUCUGAGACAGUAGCAACUCAUCCAUCCAUUAUCUUUACAUGCUUUGCCAGUUUCAGAGUUGUGGAGGUUUAACUCUGUCACCGCUAAGUAGGACAUACUGUAUAUAGGACCUGGAUUGGCCUAUAGUGUAUUGCAGAGCAGCAUAUGCAUUUAGUGGUGUCUACGACUGCGUCAUGUUUCUAAGGAGCAUCGUCAAGGAAGGAAAGCAGUGAAAUCACGCUCGAUACAAUUCUUGUUAUAUUCGUUUUCAGCGUGGCUUCGUAAAAUACGUAUGGGUUUACGACACAUUGUCCAUGAAGUGUCUUUUAUUUCAAACUUAGUAUGUCACAGAACAUUAUUUAAGAAAACAGAAAUAUCUUCACAAUACUUAACUCUCUGAAGUCAGCCAAGCACCUAAGAUUACUACUGACAGAGACAGAGAUCAGAGUUCUCAGCUCCGCCUCUUUGCCACCGCCGCUCCUUUGGACUUUCUGGUCAACUAAAUCGUCCGCGUAAUCCGAUUGAGGUUUUACUGCCAGGGUCUUAAAAUAGGUGUAAUUCAGAAAGGGGAAAAUGUAGGCGCGGUAAAGUGGAAAACGGUAAAUCCAGAAAGAAAUUAAGAAAGCAAGAGAAACUUCGACAAAGUUGCAUAAAGUGCCCGGUGAGGCAUGAAAGCUGAAGUCCGCCACUUGCCCCGCUGGUAGCGCCUAGUUACGGAAUGUAAACGAAACUGCACAGGAUGAACGCCCACAGGAGGACACCGACCGGCCAGCUGCUUAAUACUCCCAGAAUGAAUCCUACAUUUGUAACCCUUGCUGAUAUACUGGAGGUGAGAGGAAGGCCCCUAAAUGAGAGUGACAUCUGGCUACUUUUACUGUAUACAACAGAAUCUUUCCUAAAUGCAUCUAACAAAGAUCACCUCAACAUUUCUAAUAUAUCCCCUGGAACACUUUUGCUUUCUGCCAGUGGACAGCUCGGCUUCAAGCAUAAUUCAACAGAUCAAGAAAUUUGCACUUUUGUUGCACCUGAAAUUCUUCAAGGUGAAGGUUCAUCUGCACAACUGGCAAUUGAAAAGAUGCUGGUAUAUUCUUUGGGAAUGACUUUUUACUGGUCAGCAGAUUACAAAGUUCCUCAGAAUGAGCCCAUCCAGCUGAGUGAUCAUCUGAAUUGCCUUUUGCUAAGCAUGUGUGAAGAUAUGGCCCACAGGAGACCAGAUCUGAUAGCUAUCCAAGAAACCUGUGAAGCACAUGUGCGAUCAGCAGAGAUGUCCCAUCCCACCAGUGUUAUUAAACAGCUUGUGGAAGAGGCCCUCCAGAGUAAAGAAGAUCACAUUCACUUUGAAGGAAUUUCAGCUCUCUUGAGUGACCGAACUCAGAUGAUCAGAGAAAGACUACAUGCCAAAGAGUACAACUCGAUGGCUGCAGUUUCUCUGUCUGCGAACCACCAAGGUGUCCACGGAUCUCAUUCUGAGCGCAGUGACACAAACAGUGUGUCGGGUGAAAGUUUCUCCACUGAUGCUGACAAGAAACAAGGGAUUUUUAAUCAGCAGAUAGCUUGGGUCAAUAGCAGCAAAAGAAAAACAUCUGGGUGGUUUCCUGUUUUUGACCAAAGUCCAGCUGAACAGAUUCAGAACCCAGUGGUUAACAGUCAUUGGCCACACCUAAGUUCCUGCCUAGAGAUUCCUCGGGUCAACAGUAUGAAGCUCCAUGAAAGUGUUUCUACAUUUCUUCCCAUAAAACCAAAGCACUUAGGACCAGAGUUUAUUCAUGCAGCUGGAGAGAAGAAAGUUAAUUUGGAAUUGCCUGGAUCAAUUGUGACAAAGAAGGGGAAGUCUGGUGCAACACAGAGGUGUAUUGACAUUAUUAUGCCAAAUGAACAGUGUAUUGAUGUGAAGUGUGAUAUUAAAUCUAAAGCUCGAGAUGUGUUUGACAUGGUUGUAGCACACGCAAAUCUAGUUGAAAAUUUCUACUUUGGUCUCGCUUUUGCUGAUGAUAAUGAAUAUUUCUUUCUGGACCAUGAGACCAGAUUAUCUAAAGUUGCUCCAGAAGGCUGGAAAAAGUCACCAUCAGUUAGAUUUGUUCUUUUUCUUAGAAUAAAAUAUUUUGUGGAUCAUAUUAGCUUUAUUCAGCACAGAUUGACAUGGCACCAGUAUUACUUGCAAAUGCGGAAAGACAUCCUUGAAGAAAGGAUCUACUGCAGCGAUGAAACAGCUUUACAGCUUGGGUCUUUGGCCUUGCAGUCUGAAUUUGGGGACUAUAUCCCAGAGGUAUAUGGGCAAAGCUUUUUUCAGUUGGAACAUUAUAUUCCAAAAAGUGUAAUGGAGAAAAUGGAUUUGGUAUAUUUAAAAAAUGAGCUUUCAAGACUGCAUGCCAGAAACGUGGGGCUUUCCAGUGAAGAAACAGAAAUUGAAUUCUUAAAGGCUAUCCAACAGUUGCCUGAAUAUGGUGUUUUGUUCCACUGUGUAACAAGAGAAAAGAAGAAAGUAGGUAGGAAUUUAGUCCUUGGAAUCUGUGCCAAAGGCAUUAUUGUUUACGAAAUAAAAAAUGGCUCAAGGAUUGCAAGUCUUAGAUUCCAAUGGAGAGAGACAGAACGGAUCUCAUCCAGUAGGAAGAAAUUUACUGUUGAAAGUAGCACCAGUGGUAAAAAACAUGUAUUUCUCACAGAAAGUUCAAAAAUGUCCAAGUAUCUCUUGAAUCUUUGCUCGGCUCAGCACAAAUUUCAAAAUGAGAUGAACUCUCGGCAGCUCUGCCAGCCUUCCUCUGCAGAAGGAAAUAUGUUGACAACAGAACAAAGCUUAUUAAACUUUGAAUCUCAGAUAAAGGGACACAGGACCAAGCAGAGGUUUUCCAAUUCAGAAAUGGUACUGAAUCAUUAUAGCAAUAAUAACUUGAUGCCAAAAGACAUGAUCAGCAAGUCCUGUGACAAUUUAAGUGUCAAAAUGGAUAACGAGAGCGGAGAUGAGAUUCAUAUAUGGAGUCCUGAAAUAAAGCCAAGUAAGGAUCUGAAAGUUUCAACUCACAGAAAGCUGUUCCUUGGAAAUGAAACUUCCAGUCAUUCAGUUCAACAGCCUUUGAAUGAAUCUCAAACCAACAUUACAGUGCCAGAGAGAGAAAUUAUAUGUGUAACUUUGAGGAAAGAUCCACAACUUGGCUUGGGAUUCAUAAUAGUUGGUGAAGACAACACAGGGAAAUUGGACCUUGGAAUCUUUAUUGCAUCAAUUAUUCCUGGUGGACCAGCAGAAAGAAAUGGCCAGAUUAAGCCAGGAGGACGCUUAAUUUCUCUAAAUAAAACAAGUCUGGAAGGAGUCACAUUUAGCAGCGCAGUAGAAAUUUUGCAAAACUCUCCUGAAGAAGUGGAACUUAUUAUUUCACAGUCAAAGAGUGUAUGUGAAACGCAAAAUAGAUGCUUUAAAAAAGACAACACUCUAAGCAGCCUUUGCAAUGCUGAAAACAAGGAUGUUGGUCAAAGAGUAGAUCAGCAUGUGUAUGUGGAGGAUCUUGAAAAUGUUCUUACAGAAAGUACAAUUGUACCAAGAUCUGGAAUGAAGCAACAAACACCUGUCGUGCGCAUACUUGAUGUGCUGGAUGGAAAUCCAAGACCAGUCUAUCCAGGCAAUCCAGAGGCAACUGACCUUCAUUGUGUGGAAUUGACAAAAAUUGACGGAAGUCUUGGAAUUAGUGUCACAGGUGGAAUCAAUACAAGUGUACGUCAUGGAGGGAUAUACAUUAAAGCAGUUGUACCUGGAGGAGCUGCUCAACAAGAUGGAAGAAUCAAAAAGGGUGAUCGUCUGUUGGAAGUUGAUGGCUUCAGUCUGCAAGCUGUUACUCAUAAACAAGCUGUGGAGUGCCUGAAGAGAACUGGACAGGUAGUGCGACUGGUCUUGGAAAGAGGGCAGGACAAAGCAGCUGGGAGUCAUGACCCAGAAACUCCAAGAGCUCAUAUGUCAUUUGAUGUCAAUCAUAUGGUAAAAAACAACAUGGCAACAGCUUCUAUGGCAACGCCCUUAUCUGUCAAAGUCAAGGACUACAGCUUUGUGGAGAAUGAUAAUGUAUUUGAUAUAACAAUAAAGAAGAACAGUAGUGGCAUUGGCUUUAGUUUUCUACAGAUUGACUCAGCAGGAUAUUCAGAGGACAGUGGAAGCAUUAUAAGGAUAAAAAGACUCUUUCCUGGACAGCCUGCUGAGGAAAGUGGCAAAAUUGAAGUCGGGGAUGUCAUUCUCGCUGUCAAUGGUGAGGCAGUGAAGAGGUUGUCUUAUCAGGAAGUUCUUCACAUAUUACGAGGUCCACCCACUGAAGUCAAGCUGUCUUUAUGUCGACCUCUUGCUGGUGUCCUUCCAGAAAUUGACUUUGCAGCUCUGAGCCCUGCUCCUUCUCCGGUGAAAGAGAUUAGCUCCAAACAUCACAAACCAUCCUUAAACAUACUGGAACAUAAAUGCUUGGUUACAGAGCAGAAAGAGAAUUUAAAUCUGGCUUUAGAUCAUUUGGAGGAUGUCACCCAAAAGGAUGGAAGCACUACAAACAAUGAUGAGAUGUUAGAAGAAGGAAUUGUGGCCACAUCCUUCUGUGUUUCGACAGAACCACAGUGUGAGCAGACUGAUUUCAGUCUUGAAGAGGAUAGUCCUUCCCCAACAUGCACUAUCCUUGCUGAUGAUGUAAGGCAAAAUUGUUACUCUGAAAAUGACUUGACCCGGAAUGAUGUAGAAAGCACACUAGAAGAGAAGGAUGCUAUGGUUAACAUUGUUGAUCCAGAUGCUAUAGAUGAAGAAUAUCUGACUAUUAGCUCUACCUCCAUUACUCCUCCAACUUGCAGUUCAGAUACUCCAUCCACGCUAGUCCCUACCCCACAGCCAGGAGCUCUUACACCAUCCCUUCAGUCUCCUCCUCAAAUUAGGGCUGAACUUCCUUGCAACAGUGGUGAUGAAUGGGAAGACACAGAGGAGCAUGAAGAAAAGAGAAGGGCAAUGAGUCAAGAGUUUGAGCUCUCUGUCACACUAUCAAAAUCACGAAGUGGCAGUUAUGGAUUUACUCUUGCUCGAAGUAACCUGGAUGGUUGUUAUUAUAUUCGAGAUAUUCUAGAUAAUCCAGCCAAGUCAGAUGGCAGAUUAAGAGCUGGAGACAGAGUGAUUAUGGUAAAUGGGCAAGAUUUGAGGAAUAUAUCUCAUGAGGAUGCAAUGUCUAUUCUGAGAUGUUCACCUGAUAGACUCAUGUUGAUAGUUGGCCGGGUUGUCCAAAAUCUUCGAUUACCAUUGCCUCCAGAAAACAUUCCUGAUAUUGUCAUUUUAAGAAGACCAACUGGACAGUUAGGUUUAAAGCUAACUGGAGGAAUUGGCAGUAAAUGGCAGGGAAUUUAUGUUCUAGAGAUUGUUGAAGGUUCCCCUGCCAGUGAGGAAGGCAGCCUUCUGCCCAAUGACAAGAUUCUUUAUAUCUGCGGAAAAUGUACAAUGGGGAUGACUUUAGAAGAUGCGGUGAAGACUUGUGAGGCAGCAACACGCAAAGUAAAAAUCAAGGCCAUUCGAGAUGACCAACCAGUGGUGCCAAAAGGAAAACGUAAUGGAUUAUUUGAAUGGAAACGUGAAAUUAAACUUUUUCCUCGGUUUGAAGAACAGAAACCUACAGAGCAAGAAGAGCAAAGUGAAGACACAAAACAAGCAUCUGUAGAUGAACAAAAACACAGACGCAGAUUAUCUGGAACUGCAGAAGAAGAGACUUGCCUAGUUCACAUUGAGCUACAAAAGCCGGAAAAAGGAGGCUUCGGUUUUUCAUUAGUAGGAGGAGGCAGUGGCAAUGCACUCAGAGUCAAAGCCAUCAGUCCGGGAAGCUUGGCUGAUCUAGAUGGACGGCUGAAAUCUGGAGACAUUUUAAUAGAGGUCAAUGGUGAUAUUGUAGCUGGCCUGAGUCAAAGUAAAGUUGUUGAAAUUUUACGAAAAUCAGAAGGAUUUGUGCAGCUGACUGUCAGUAGAAAUUUAGAGGCAGGAGAUCACGACAUGCAGGCAAGAUGCAGAAAAAAGGCUGAACAGUUUGCUAGUGCAUACUGCAAGGAAGAAGACAAAGAAUGUCCUUUACAACUCAACGGUCAAAAACAAUUAAAAACAGUGCAAACAAUGCAGAGAGAUUCUGAGAUUCAGGAUGGUGUUGAUUCAGAUGUUUCUGUGUUUCCCACUCCAGUCUUAAACCCUCGAACUGCAAUCAUUGUUAAAGAUAAACUGUUACCAAAAAAUGACAGCUUAGAUUCUCAGGAGCACAAAGGCCAGACUCCCAGCCGUCAGUACAGACCUCAUGAGGAUUCUGAUGGCUGGAGCAGUGACGAUGAGUCUCUUGAUCCAUCUGGGCAGGAAUUUCUUCCAGCUACAGGUGAAGCUAUUGUUUCUGCUGAAGAAAUCAACAGCUUCUUCAGGAUAAUGCCAUCUGGAAAUGGUCGAUAUUCUGGAUCCAAUCUCAAGUCUGUUAUCCAAAUUCUUCAACAACAAAUUGAAGAGCAGAAGCCACUUAAGGAGUUCACAGCUUUAGAACAUUUAAAACCAAUUGACAGCUGUCUGAUAGGAAAAUCUCCGGAGAACAGAGAAAAAAACAGAUACAGAGACAUUCUUCCAUAUGACGAAACUAGAGUCCUAGUUGGCAAAAAGCAAGACUACAUCAAUGCAAGCUACAUACGCAUGUCAGUGGGCACACAGCAGUAUUACUACAUCUCUUCUCAAGGCCCUCUGCCUGGCACAUGUGAUAUUUUUUGGCAAAUGGUUUGGGAAAAUAAAUCAAAUGUUAUUGCCAUGAUGACUCAAGAAGUGGAGCGUGGAAGAGUCAAGUGUCAUAAAUACUGGCCUGACAGACUAAAUGAGCCAAAAGAGACAAACAAGUACCAGCUUAUUUUGGAAAAUUUUCAGAUUCAAGACUACUUUCAAAUUAGCAUCAUUAGAAUGACUGAUAAAAAGACUGGACAGAUCCACUUUGUGAAGCAUUUAAAAUUCACAACUUGGCCAGACCAUGGGACGCCACAGUCAUCCGAGCAUCUUGUCAAGUUUGUUCGCUAUAUGAGGUCUAUUCAUCGAUCUGGUCCAGUAAUCGUCCACUGCAGUGCAGGGAUUGGAAGGAGUGGAGUCCUCAUCUGCAUUGACGUCAUCCUAAGUCUGGUUGAAAAAGAUUUUGAAGUCAACGUCAGUGAUAUAGUAAGGGACAUGCGACUCCAAAGAUAUGGAAUGAUACAAACUAAGGAUCAGUACCUUUUCUGCUAUAAAGUCUUACUGGAAGUUCUUCAACGCAUUCAGCUGCUUCAGGACAAUGAACAACAUUGACCAUUUUCCAUUUAAUUGAUUUUUCAUACACAAGAAAAUUUGAAAUAUCAGUUUGCCUAUUUGCACUUGCCCAAAUCCCCAUUAAAUAAACAGAGGUACAGCAGUAAUAAAUAAGGAAUAGCAGCAUAAACCAUUUAAAAUGCAUACAGCGUGUAGCUCAGAAAAACCACGACACACAAAAAAUAUACAAUACUGAGAAAGGUAUUCCAUUCAGAGAUCCCUUCCAUGAGCUGUCACCUUUAUAAAUGCAAGCCAGGUUGCCAACCCAAUGAACCUGAACAGGCAUUUCUCUCUUGGCAUCCACAUCAAGUUCUGGGUCAGGCUAUUGCUGUCAGCAAAAACUAGAAUCCAUGUGUCCUAUCACAUCUUUGUUGAUUUCACACUUCAGCCAGACAAUUGGCAGCAGAGGCCAGCAACCCCAUCAUCUGAUUUUCACAAGAUAAACAUACACAGACGUCCGCCCUCCUGCGGGAGGAUCACUGCAAAUGUCUCACUCAGAAAAAACCAAGUUGGGCAAGUCUGCUUUCUUGGCAGGGUGACACAAGACUGGCUUAUCAUAAUGUGAACACCAGACAUGAAUGAGAUGUAUUUUUUUCCCUGCAUAUUAUGCAAUGUAUAAGACUAAAAGGGUGAAAACCGAGCGAAUUUGAAAUGUCAUCAUCCUGGACUAGAGCCAUUGUAUUACUGAAUAAUUUUAAAUUAUUUUUGUAAGUAUGUAUUUUAUAGAUUGUAAAUCAUUUGUUUACUGAUUAUUAUUGGUUUGAACAUACUGAGUAAUGAUAUUCAGAGCUGAUAUACUGUUGCAGGUGUAUCAUAUUUUUAUAUUUACUGAUUUUUUUUUCCUUCUUCUUUUAGAAUAUUUGUUUUGCAUUAAAUAAUAAUAUAAAAAUGUGAAUGAUUAUCACCACCAACGUAAUGCUAUCUUGUUAGAGGAAAUGUUCUCAAUGCAUUAAGUAGUUAUGUUACAUCAUUUUUAAAUAUAGUGUAGGCCUACAGCAGCUGAGGGAUAAACUUCUUAGGGUUGAUCACUCGCUUGGUAUUGAGAUAUUUGGAGGUGGUAUUCAAAGUCUAACUAAGUACUUCCUACAAGGCACUUUUGUGGGAUGUUUAAAAUGUACUGAAGGGCUGCUGGCAGCUGUUUACAGACCAGCAGCCAGAGACUAAUGCGUGCUUUCUCAAAGGUAAGCUCUCCAGUCGAGACCUACCCCAGACUGACAUUGCAUCUCACCCGUGUCACUACAUGAAAGAAGUUUCCUUUAACAGUGGAAAUAAUUCACUUGAGUGUGUGGGCGCACAUGCAAAACCUUUCUUUCCCACUUAUGUUAUAAUUUUCCUACGUACACGUUACACAGGAAUGAAGAAUAUCCUGCAAAAUGUAAGGGAAAUCAUUAAAUAAAUUACAUUUCCUUAUGUUUCUUUUCAGUAUUGCAACAGAAGCUUACUUUUGGUGUUUUUUAAUUCUAAAGAGAACUAUAAAAUUAAACCAAGACCCAGCAGUCUCUAGGCUGUCCUUAUUCUAAAUUAGGCCUUUAUGUUUUACUUAAAGAUUACAAAGUGAUGCUCUCAAGUAAUUUUGAGCAGAGUGUCUGUUGUUUCACUGCCUUACUGUUCCAUUCGCCUGACGCAUUGUGUGUCUCAUGAAAGCCAUACAAGGAGCCUGCAGACACACUCAAAUCACGGCUUAAAUAUUACUCUCUUGUAGUGGAAUUGAUACCCUGGGGCUUUACAGAGCAAAAACUGACUUGGCUUCCAUUUUGUAUGAUCUGCCUUCAUGGAAAGCCUGUAUUUCAGGGAGGCAGGAGAUGAUUCUCACACUUUGUGUUGUGUUGUGUUUUCCUUCCGCCAUGGGAUCUUCAAAAGGUAAGUUGUUAGGUGGUCAGUUAUUAUUUUUUCUUAUGUAGGUAGUUUUUUUACAAUCAGAUGCCCAUCCACCAAUUUUCCAAACCCAUUUUAUCCUGAGCAGGGUCAGAAGAGAGUUGGAGCCUGUCCCAGCAAGCACAAGGCGCAAGGCAGGAUCAGUCCCUGGACAGGGUGUCAGUCCAUCACAGGGUGCUUCUUUCACACACACACACACACUAAAGCACACAAACACUAGACCCAAUUCGGUAUUGCCAAUCUACCUAACCUGCAUGUCUUUGGAAUGUGGGAGGAAAGUGGAGCACCUUGAGACACAGGGAGAACAUUCAAACUCUAUGCAGGGAGCACCCUGCUCUCUUUACUCUGAGGCAUCAACGCUACCAUUCUGCCACCUUGUUCCCUAAAACAUACCAGCUUAAACCCUUCACAAUCCUGCAGUGUUUAAGAGCACUCGAUGAAUUCUAUCAGAAACUAGUAGCAGUAAAGAUGCUCCAUACGUAAACUUUUUUUCUGACCCACUGAUAAAACUGACUUACAUACUGGGACCACCAAACAAACAUCCUUAAGCAAGGCCCUUAACCUGCAAUUGCUAAGCGCUUUGAGUAGUGAGAAAAGCGCUAUAUAAAUGCAAAAAAUUAUUAUUAUUAUUAUUCAUGGCUGGUGUCGUAAACGCUCUUUCCGAUUGAGUAUUAAACUUUGUUAAAUGUUUUCUCUUAUUGAGACUAUGCUCUGCUCUGCUAGGCAAUGGAAGAAGACCGUAUUUUGUGCCUUAAAAGUUCAGAAUGUAUUAUUACUGUAAAGCAAGCCACUAUUGAUGUCCAGUAAUUCUGUCAACAAAUGUAAUUGUAUAAUGACAUGCACUCUCAGAACUGGAACAAUCAUUCAAAAUGGAAACUUCUUUGUUGACGUAUAGCACAAUGUUCUUUUAAAUAAAAGUUGAUAAACUG